AUCAUGUGCGGCAAACUGAGUAAAAAGACCGAUGUAAUACUUCGGCGGGAAGCGUUGACGGCCGUCCAGAAAGCGAACCCGUUCGAAACGGUGGUCACGAAAUCGAAACACGCCGUGCUCAACCGUGGCGCACAAUCUAAGCAUCCCGGCAAGCUGCAGCGGGUAUCGAACGAAAAACGAGGCCAAACGUUAGGCAAAGAAUUUGCGCUGCUAAAGAAGACAAACCGCUUCCUGGAUGCAAGGAUCAACAGUAAAUAUGCGCGAGGCCCGUCCAAGAAGGAACAGUCGAAAGAGUUGUUCAACCUAAUCCUAACACACGGUGGGCGUACGAUGCAUGAAAUUGAAAGCUUCGACGAUUUACCCGAUGGGGCCGGUGAUGAUGAGGAUGAAGUCGGUAUGCUUCAAGAAUCCUUCACCAGGGAGACACAUUUUGGUGGUGGUUCGGAUGACGAAAGGCCCAGCAGGGAUCGGAAAACGGUUAUCGAGGAGAUGAUUGCUGAAAGCAAGCGCCAGAAAUCGGAACGCCAACAGGAAAAUGAUGAAGUGUACGAUAUGCGGCAAAAGCUAGACGAGGAGCUGAAGAAUUUGAUGCCACAGCUUAAUGAGCACAUCCGGAAGGAUGAGGAACGACCGAAACCGGACGAUUUCGAUCAAGCGCUGCGGGAAAUGAUUUUUGAGCCACGCGGUGUACCAACCGAGAAGCUUAAAACCGUCAACAAUGCGGCCACCGAACAGAAUCGACGUGAGGUUUUGGACCGUGAAAAGCAGGAGCGAAUGCAGGCCGUAUCCGUACCGGCAAAGAAAGUGUGCGCAAAUCGACCACUUUCGGCGGAUGCACUGUGCGACGAGUACGUCGUAGAAGACGUUGGUAACGAGGAGGACGAGGACGAUUAUGCAUACGGGCAGGAAAAUGGGACCGGUGAGAAUGAUGAGCCUGUAUCAAAUGGAUCCGAUGCCGUGUCGGACGAUGAUGCGGAGAGUAGCGAUAUGGACAGUUUAGUGGAUCUAAAAGCAGUUACACAGCCUGCUAGUGAUAAGGAGUCUAACGAUUCGGAAGCAGACGAGGAUUUGGUAACGGAAAACGCUACGAAACCAAAACUACCGUUGAAAGCGACCAACAAGGAAGAGAAUCCUGUGUUGCAUGUGGUGGACGUGCCAAGAAAUUACGAACAGUUUGAAGAGAUGCUUGAAGAAAAAAGGGUUACAGAGAAAACACAUCUAAUAGCGAGCAUGGUACAUACGCUGAAGCAGAAGAAUUUCCUGCACAAAUCACGCUGGUCGGUACUGUUCGCGUAUGUCUUAAACUAUGUAAGCCAGCGUUUUACGCGAGCAACUGCGAUUGAGGCAGAAUUUCAAGCGUUACACCAACUAACGCCUCUGCUUCAUGAUAUAGUGGCCGCCGAUUCUUCCGGCAUAGGGCAAGUGUUCCAAAGUAUUUUGGAGGAAAAGUAUAGCGACUUUAAAAAUCGUCCCCGUCGCUAUCCGGAUCUUUCGACGUUGGUGUUUCUGAAACUAGUUCCUCUGCUAUUUUCCGCUUCCGAUCGAAGACAUUCCAUCGUUACACCGGCAAUGGUUUUUAUCGGAGAAAUACUUUCCCGAUGUCAAGUGCGAAACCGACGAGACAUUAGCCGUGGUUUGUUGCUCGUAACGACGGUGCUGGAGUGUCUGGAGCAUUCCAAACGGUUUCUACCGUCAGCGAUUGCUUUCUUGAUGGGUGUGCUUGGGCAAGCUUGCACUAAAGACGCAUUACCUCCAAUCACAACCAUCAUACAACCGUUCAGGUUAUCCUCGAGCUUACUACUUACUGAAUCGGGAAAAGACCUGCACGUGACUGAUGUGCUUCAACUAACUGCACAGGAUCUACUGCUCAUACAAAUCACUACAUCGUUUAAGGUACGUGCGAUCGCUUGCGCUGUUUCGUUGGUGACCACUCUUUGCAAGCAGCUCGAAAUCGUCGCAGCAGCAUCUCUCGCGAAGCAAUUUCUGCAACCGCUGAACUACAUACAGCACAGAUCAUACCCUUGGCCGGUACAGAAAAUGCUUCAGCAAGCUAUGCAAGCACUGACGGAGCUCUCGAAGCAACCGUUAGUUUACUUGGUGCAGGCGGAAAAGAAACCGAAACCGUUGCGUUUGCUCGAACCGAAAAUCAAUUUCAUCUAUGAGGAUAUCAGACGACGACCCAAGACAGCAAUACCUAUACGUGAACAGCGCAGAAAGAUUCAGCAAAAGAUAAAAAAAGUUAUGCGUGGCGCAAAGCGCGAAAUUCGGCUUGACAACGAUUACAUCGCAAAACUGCAGCACAAACGACGCAUGGAGAAUGAUCGGGACCGACACCAGAAGGUUCGUCAGAUAUUUAGCCACGCGUCAUCUCAGCAGGCCGAGUUCAAUUCGCUCGAGAAGAGAGCAAAGUAUCGCAAGUAA